UGAUCGAACGUUUAAUAUGUACGUGAAAAAUGUUAUAUUCUGUUGCCUUUGGUAUGGGAGCAUAUUUUAUGGGUUCUUCUUCUUCUAUUGUCCACUUAUGCCGCUGGCUUUGUUAAAUCCACCUUUGUUUCAUAAGCUUACCGACUUCAUCUUUGCCUCGUGGGAAGCGUAUUCUUCCGCCUUGAUUGAAAUAAUCUGCGACGUUCGGUUUGUAAUUGAAGGAGAUUUCGUGAGGACUGAAGAACAUUCCUUGAUAGUAAUGAACCAUCGAACCCGUGUUGACUGGUUGUUCUUUUGGGCAUUAUUACAACACAGGGGUGUACCUUUAACUACUAGGUGCAAAUUUGUGUUGAAAUCCUUUGUAAAACAUAUACCAGCUCUUGGCUGGGUUAUGCAGAUGUCACGUUUUUUAUACAUCAAAAGGAGUUGGGCUAAAGACCAAAUUUUGCUGGAGGGACUUCUCCAUUUGCUGAACAGUGACAGGUGUAACCUGCAGGUUUUGUUAUUUCCUGAGGGAACUGAUCUCACCCUAAGCAACAUUAAAAAGAGCGAAGCGUUUGCUCGAAGAAAUGAUUUCUCAAGUUAUCGCCACGUGCUUCAUCCACGCACUACCGGCUUUGUUUUCAUGGCCCAAAAAAUGAGAGAAUUUGGUAUGUUGGAUGCAGUGUAUGAUGUAACCAUUGGUUACCCAGACAGGAUUCCUCAAUCGGAAGUUGACUGUCUGAGGGGAAAUAUGCCCAAGUUUGUCCAUUUCCUUGUGAAGCGUUACGAUCAAGAUGUGGUCCCCGUGGAUGAGGAGGAAUUAAGCCAGUGGUGCAAGGAAUUGUGGACCAAAAAGGAGAAAACUUUAGAUAGAUUUUACCUAACUGGUCGCUUUAGUGGUUUAGAUCCAGAGACCAAUACGAAAGAACACAGAGCCGAACCAAUAUUAAACCAUUUCUACACCAGUUUUUUAUUCUGGACUAGUUUUGUCACAUUGAGUCUCAUGCUUUGUGCAACUCUUGAGCUUUGUCGCCUCUGGGUCACAUCGCACACUUUUUUCUUUAUUUGCCUCUCCUUUUUAACACAAGGCUUUGAACAGCUGGAAGUAACCUACCAUUAUUACCGGCUAAAAGUCAAACAAUCAUGACGAACUCCUUCCUGACUUUUUAAAAGAAGGCUCUAGAGCUGGAAGUAACCUACCAUUAUUAUCGACUAAAAAUCAAACAGCCACGACCAACUUUUCCUGAGCACCAGACAUGUUUCAAAGCGAACUUAAGAGUAAAUCAUGGAAUUUAGCAAUUAUGAAAAAAAAAAAAAUCUAAAACGAGGAUUAUGGUUUAAAAAACAAAACUGUGAGAAAAGGCAAAUGGUAUAGACAUUAAAAAUGUUGUGUUUCUAUAUGAAGAAUUGUGUUAUACCAGCACAUAUCAUAGUAGACAACUCGCAAAUAAAAAAGGUUUAAACAUUA